GGUUUCUUGAGGGCUGCGGAGUGAUUUCUUUUUGCGUGCUUGCGUAAAACGUCUCCUUUCCCUUGUCAGUCAAUGUGAAGCUGCAGCUCCAGGAAAACAUGGCGACAUAUCUGCAUGAGGGACCCGAGAACCAGCUCGAUCUGCUCAUUAGAGCAGUCGAGGCAUCGGUGCAUGGAAGUAAUGCACACUGCAUUGACAAGACAAUCGAAGCUGCAGAAGCUUUGCUGCAUAUGGAUUCUCCAUCCAGCUUGAGGGACGAUCGGAGUCCUGUAGAGGUGUUUGUACCGCCUUGCGUGACAACUCCUGAAUUUAUUCAUGCUGCCAUGAGACCUGAUGUGAUUACUGAAACUGAGGUUGAGGUAUCAACAGAGGAGUCUGAUCCAAUGGACACAUCACCUGUGCCCACAAUGUCAGAACCUAUGAAAAAGAAAAAAGCGGGUCGGAAGCCAAAGAUAUCACAGCCAGCCAUUUCGAAUGGCUCCCCAGAAUUGGGUAUAAAGAAGAAACCUAGAGAGGGCAAAGGUAGCACAACUUACUUAUGGGAGUUUCUUUUAGAGCUGUUACAAGAUAAGGAAACUUGCCCUCGCUACAUCAAGUGGACUCAGCGGGAGAAAGGCAUCUUCAAACUUGUUGAUUCAAAGGCAGUUUCACGACUAUGGGGCAAACACAAGAACAAGCCAGACAUGAAUUAUGAAACUAUGGGAAGGGCAUUAAGGUACUAUUACCAAAGGGGAAUUCUUGCCAAGGUGGAGGGACAGCGGCUUGUGUAUCAGUUCAAAGAAAUGCCAAAAAACAUAGUAGUCAUAGAUGAUGACAAAAGUGAGUGUGGUGGUGAUGAAGUUCUAGCAACCUCACAAGACAAGUCAUCGGAGAGGAUUCCGACAUCUGCUGAAUACAUCACAAAAACUUCGACUGUGGUACGUGGAGGUAGAAAUGGUGGGCAGCUGAACACCACAAAAGUUGGAAAGACUGUUGCCAGAGUUGUGAACAUCACGUCAUCUGGGCAUAUCACAUCACCGCAGUCGCCGACCACUACUGUCCCAGCAGCGUCAGCUCCUAGGACGGUUCGUGUAGCAAUGCAAGUUCCUGUAGUGAUGUCUCUAGGUCAGAAGAUUUCCACCAUGGCUGUACAGUCUCUAAGUUCAGCAUCUCCUCUAAUGACUACCACAAGUCCAACUGUCACAUCACCUAAAGUGGUCAUCCAGACUAUCCCUACAGUACUGCCUAGUUCAUUGGAAAAUGGGGACCAGAUCACAGUGCAGCCUGCUAAAAUCAUCACCAUCCCAGCAACACAAUUUGCACAGUGUCAUUUGCAAGCCAAGCCAGGCUUGGGAAGCUCUGGCAGUAUCAAUAUUGUAGGAACUCCUUUAGCUGUAAGAGCACUUACACCGGUGUCCAUAACUCCUGGCACUUCUGUUAUGAGACUGGCUGUCCCAGCUCAGCACUCAGUAAGUCAAGGUACUGCUACCAGACUGUUGAAUGCUGUUGUUAAAGGACCAGAAGUUAAACAAGAGGGAUUGUUUGUUCAACAGGACAAUGAAGUAAAGACUCUGCGAUUAAUUAAAGAAGAAACUGGUAUUGAGGGAAAUAAGGCUGUGACGCAUGUAGUAGUAGUCAGUUCUCCGUCUCACAUCACACUUCCGGUUCCCAUAAAAACAGAAGGAACAGUUACUUGUGAAAAAUGAAGGACUUGGUAUGGCAGAGACUGCAUGAAUUUUGCAGACUGUUAUCAUUGGCAUCAAGUACUUUGUAUGUUGGGGGCAGUGAGUUUUUUUUUGAACUCGUGGAAACUGAAAAGUAAAACAAAAAAAAAAAAACUUUAAAGCUGUAUGGGUAAGUAGUUAACUGCUACAGUUUGGCAGGAGCCCCACAUAUUAAAUACUGACAUUGCAGCUGCCUCUUUGCAGAGAUAUCUGAAUGCACAGGGGCAAAAAUGAUUCUUUAAAAGGGACCAAGUAAUUCACUACAUAAUCACAUCACACUAAAUGCUUGGAGCACUACAUGAAAAGGUCAGGUAAAGAUAGUGAUGUGAGUGUAAAGUAUAAGAACUUUGACAAGUAGAAAAUGUGAUGUGUUUUCUUGCAUACCAGCAACUUACACUGUGAGCACAGUGGCCACUUGGUGCUAUGUUACCCACAAAAAUAGCAAAAAUGUGUAUAUCUCUUAUGGUUAAGAUAAGAAAUGGCUUGAACAGACUUUUUAAAAAGCAUGAAAAGACGAAGCAGAAGCAUAUUGUAUUAUAGCUCAAGAGCAUUUUUAACAGGAGCCUUAGACUGAGUUCAGUUUUCAUUUCUUGAAAUAAGCUAAACCAGCUGUUAAUGUAAAGUUAUUUUUAUGUAUUUUUAAAGGGGGGGCAACAUUGUACCUAGCACAGUAUUGUUAAAUAGUUAAUAUGUAACAUUUUGUAUUAUAGUUAACCUGUCAGGCUCUCCUUUUGUGGCAAAGAUGUAAGUGGCACUUGGCAUGUUUGCUAGAAAGUGUGCCUUUCUGCAUUGGCAUCUGUAUACAUUUCAGUUUUUGAUCUCUGGCACAAUUUGAAGGCACCCACAGCAUGAUUUCUUUGUCAGGUAGUUCUCAGACAUGUAACUUUUUUAUGUUUUGUUAUUUUUUAGUUACUAUUGAGGGAAAGAACCAGUGUUCAGAAUGAACUAUAAUAGUUUGUAUAUUCAACAUUUGAAGUAUAUUCUAUUUUGUUGUACUCUUGUUUCAAAGUGUAUUCAGGUAGAUUUUACUUGACUAUUAAACAUACACAGACUUUGUAUGUAAUUUUUGUAACCUUAUAUACUGUGAACCACAAGCUUGCAUUUAUGUAGAAAAUUAACAAAGAAAAAUUAAUAGUG